AUGGCGGAACACAUCGAGAAAGCUCAGGCGUCAGGCGAUUUCCAGGAGCCUCCGCGCGUUCAGUACACGUUCGGGUCCACGAUCAACACUGUGUCGCACACGGCCGGCGCAAAGAGUUCCCGUAUGCGUCCUAUACACAAGACGAAUCCGCGCAAGUCGAUUCGGCACGACGAAUACGCGGAUUCGUGGAACGACCGUCUUCUUGCGCUUCAACAGAUCGUCCAUGAACCAGCAGCGCAAGUUGGACUUCUUCAUAUCGAAGACCAGUCCCGCUUCGCAGUCCAGCCGCUACUCGAUGCGCUCCUUUCCGUCGCACCCACGCCUCUCUCUUCAUCGAUUCGACGUCCUCAGCUUCCCCUUCAACGAGCAUUCGUCUUCGCAGAGAAAGCAGCUGCGAUCAAGCCAACACUGCCAUUCACUCAUCUCUCAUCUCCACACCAUCCGUCCGAGGUCCUCUCCAUCACCGAAGCCCGCUCCUUCGUCGAAGACAAGAUUCAGACGUCGUGCUCGCAGCUGCAGUCCUGGAACUCAACAUUCAGCUUGAAGCCCUCGGAAUUUCAGCUCCGCCUGUCCAAGCCAACUUUCUGGAAGCGUGUCGAGGUCCUCGUCGAACAAUUACGAGUCGUCGCAGACUUCAUGGAGACCGGCAUCUCCGCGCAGGAACUCACCCUGGGUAUGCUGUGGAACAAGAUCGAGGUGCGCCAGAUAUUGGAGAAGACUGAACCGGUGUGGGAUUCGUUGCGAGUCUUGGGGCUCGGAUACCAUGGAUUGCGAUUCAAGGAUGGAGUUGGGAGGGAAUUGUGGAGGAUCGAGAAGGUGUUUAAGCGGUUCAUGGAGUGCAGAAGUGUGGUGAAGAAGGGCGAUGAUAAGGGCGAACGGGCACAGAUUGUUGGCACGAAGACAGUGGCCGUGGAGAUGGAGUCUGAAAAUCUGCCUCCUACGCAGGAGCGGCAGGACACGACUGACUUUGAGGCGACCGAAUCGAAAGUCGACGUCAUUGCCGUCAGCCUCAGCGAACAGUCCAGCGUCGGCGCAUCGCAGACAGAGAAGGCAGAGGGAGAAACCACCACCCAGAGCGAAGUGCCGGCAUGCGCUGCAAAUGAAGGCCAUGACCGACGCUGCCGAGGAUGA